AAUACACUAAACGGCGCAUGUUUGACUUCCAAAUGCCCUUAAUAAUUUUCUUAUAUCACUUAUAUUUGAGACAUUACAUGGUUAAGAGGUCUCUUUAAAAAAAGCUUUUUUUAAUAAAAUUGUUCUGUAAAGAAACAAAUCAAAAAUGUCCAAGCCUCAAACUGAUGCCGAGCGUAAAAAGCAAAUUAGUGUUCGAAGUAUUGCUGGAGUUGAAGAUGUCAGUGAAGUUAAAAAGGGAUUCAAUCGCCACUUGCAUUAUACUCUGGUAAAAGACCGAAAUGUAUCCACAACAAGAGACUAUUACUUUGCUUUAGCUCAUACUGUAAAAGAUCAUCUGGUUUCACGUUGGAUUCGAACUCAACAAUACUAUUAUGACAAGGAUCCUAAACGUGUCUAUUAUUUGUCGUUGGAGUUUUAUAUGGGUCGUACUUUGCAAAAUACUAUGAUAAAUUUAGGCAUUCAAGGAACUUGUGAUGAGGCAAUAUAUCAACUUGGCUUAGAUAUGGAAGAGCUUGAAGAUAUGGAAGAAGAUGCUGGUCUCGGUAACGGUGGGCUCGGUCGUCUUGCAGCCUGCUUUUUAGACUCAAUGGCAACUUUGGGAAUGGCUGCAUAUGGUUAUGGUAUUCGUUAUGAGUAUGGAAUAUUUGCUCAAAAAAUUCAAAAUGGAGAACAAGUUGAAAAACCAGAUGAUUGGCUUCGUUAUGGUAACCCAUGGGAAAAAGCUCGUCCUGAAUUUAUGUUACCAAUAAAUUUCUAUGGACGAGUUAUUGAUACACCUGAAGGGAAAAAGUGGGUUGAUACGCAAAUUGUCUUCGCGAUGCCUUACGAUAACCCAAUUCCCGGCUACAAGAACAACGUUGUAAACACUCUACGUUUAUGGUCGGCGAAAUCACCAAUUGAUUUUAAUUUAAAGUUUUUCAACGAUGGUGAUUAUAUUCAAGCUGUACUCGAUCGUAAUUUAGCUGAAAACAUCUCACGUGUGUUGUAUCCAAAUGACAACUUCUUUGAAGGUAAAGAGCUUCGCUUGAAACAGGAGUACUUUAUGUGUGCAGCUACUCUUCAAGACAUUGUCCGACGAUAUAAGUCAUCCAAGUUUGGAUCAAGAGAGGCCGUACGUACACAUUUCGACCACUUUCCUGACAAAGUAGCGAUUCAGUUAAAUGAUACGCAUCCAUCUUUGGCAAUUCCUGAACUGAUGCGUAUCUUCCUCGAUGAAGAACAUUUGACGUGGGAAAAAGCAUGGGAUAUUGUUGUGCGUACCUGUGCUUAUACAAAUCAUACCGUCUUACCUGAAGCUCUGGAGCGCUGGCCAGUCUCGCUUUUAGAAUCCAUAUUACCACGACAUUUGGAAAUCAUUUAUCAAAUAAAUUUCUUGCAUUUGGAGGACGUGAAAAAAAAAUUCCCCAAUGAUAUUGAUCGUAUGCGUCGUAUGUCUUUAGUGGAAGAAUAUGGAGAGAAAAAAAUUAAUAUGGCCAAUUUGUCCAUUGUUGGUUCUCACGCUGUAAAUGGUGUUGCUGCGAUUCACUCAGAAAUCAUUAAACAAGAUUUGUUUAAAGAUUUUUAUGAAAUGUUCCCUGAGAAAUUCCAAAACAAAACUAAUGGAAUCACUCCUCGUCGUUGGUUACUAUUAUGCAAUCCCGGCCUAGCUGAUAUCAUAAGUGAUAAAAUCGGUGAGGAUUGGCCCGUUCACCUAGAUCAAUUAACUAGCUUAAAGAAAUGGGCAAAAGAUCCUACUUUUCAACGUCAAGUUGCACAAAGUAAGCAAGACAACAAAAAUAAGUUUGCUCGUUUGUUGGAACAUGAUUAUGGGGUGCAAAUUAAUCCUACAUCUAUCUUCGACUUUCAAGUUAAACGUAUUCAUGAAUACAAGCGUCAACUUUUAAAUUGCUUGCAUAUUAUUACUAUGUAUAACCGAAUUAAGCGUGAUCCCACAGCUAACAUUGUACCGAGGACGAUCAUGAUUGGUGGAAAAGCAGCACCAGGUUAUUAUAUGGCAAAGCAAAUCAUUAAACUUAUUUGCGCCGUUGGAAAUGUAGUGAAUAAUGAUCCUAUUGUUGGUGACAAAUUAAAAGUUAUUUUCUUAGAAAACUAUCGCGUAACAUUAGCAGAAAAAAUUAUGCCAGCAGCAGAUUUAUCUGAACAAAUCUCUACAGCUGGUACUGAAGCUUCGGGCACGGGCAAUAUGAAAUUCAUGUUAAAUGGAGCCUUGACUAUUGGUACAUUAGAUGGUGCUAAUGUUGAAAUGGCAGAAGAAAUGGGUAAUGAAAAUAUUUUCAUUUUCGGAAUGACUGUCGAUCAGGUUGAAGAACUAAAGCGCAAAGGCUAUAAUGCCUACGAUUACUAUAAUCGCAAUGCUGAAAUAAAGCAAUGCAUUGAUCAAAUACAAGGCGGAUUUUUCAGUCCUAAUAAUCCAAAUGAAUUCCGUGACGUGGCAGACUGUCUCAUGAAAUACGACCGUUAUUAUGUUUUGGCAGAUUAUGAAGAUUACAUAAAAACGCAAGAUAAAGUUUCUGAAACAUAUAAGAAUCAAGCGAAAUGGUUGGAAAUGGCAAUUCACAAUAUUGCCUCUAGCGGCAAAUUUUCCAGUGAUCGUACAAUUGCUGAGUAUGCACGCGAAAUUUGGGGUGUUGAACCAUCAUGGGAGAAGCUUCCCGAUCCACACGCUAUUAAAUAAAAAAAAUCACAAAUUCUCUCGAAAAGGAAGAUUGCUUUGCCAUAUUAGAAGAAAAUAUAAAUAUUGUUAUAAUUGUGUUUGAAUGUUAAAUAAAAUUCUAAUAAACUAAAUAAAAAAAUCACAUAUAUUUAUGAAAAGAAACAUUGAGCAAAAUAUUUUCUAAUAACCAAUUAUUAUGUUAUAAAAAGCUAUCUAUCUAAUAUUAUUAUAAAAAAUUAUUUCAGUGCAAUUUUAUAAAUUUUUUUCUUAUUUUAUUUCUUGUUUUUAUUUAUAAUAAAGGUUAUUUAAAUAUGAAUAUU